AUGGGUACAGUGUGGCUGGCUGCUACAUGUUGUGAUGAAAUAUUAGGAUCCAUUUUGCAAGGAUCCAAAUCAUUGUGGUUUCAGGUCACUCGAUUGUCAAGGAAGAAUGUCUGCUUUGUUAUGUUUACUGACGAAAUUACAGUUCGGACACUCUCUUCAGAAGGGCAUGUUCCUGAUAGAAUGGGUUUCAUUGGCUUUUGGAAGUUGGUGGUAGUGAAGAAUCUACCAUAUGAUGAUAUGCGAAGAGUGGGCAAAAUACCUAAGUUAUUGCCUCAUCGACUUUUUCCUUUUGCAAGGUAUUCAAUUUGGCUGGAUAGCAAAUUACGGCUGCAGCUUGAUCCUUUACUUAUCUUGGAGUACUUUUUGUGGCGCAAGGGUUAUGAAUUUGCAAUAUCCAAUCAUUAUGAUCGGCAUUGUGUGUGGGAAGAAGUUGCACAAAACAAGAAGUUGAACAAGUAUAAUCACACAGUUAUAGAUCAGCAGUUUUCAUUUUACCGGGCUGAUGGACUUGAAAGAUUUGAUGCAUCGGAUCCAAAUAAGCUUCUUCCAAGCAAUGUACCUGAAGGUUCUUUUAUUAUUAGAGCGCACACCCCAAUGUCAAAUUUGUUUUCUUGUCUUUGGUUCAAUGAAAUUGAUCGGUUCACUCCUCGUGAUCAGCUGAGUUUUGCAUAUACAUAUCAGAAGCUGAGAAGGAUGAAUCCAGACAAACCAUUUCAUCUGAACAUGUUCAAGGACUGUGAAAGGAGACACAUAGCCAAGUUGUUCCGUCAUAGAUUGGAUGAUAAGAGGAUACAUCAUUGAAAAAGAAUACCAGAAUAAUGCCAGUUUAUAUCAACAUUUUUAUGAUAUGACAUGAUGUACUUAGCCAGUCCUGUCUGUAUCUGUUGAAGUUGUGAUUACCUGCUGAUCAUCUGCUGCAGAAUGUGUUACAUGAAGAUUCAGUGACUUGUGCUCCAGCACUGGUGUUUGCCAUGAAAAUGAAGUGGUGUUUCUCAAAAUAUGAUCUUCUACAGUGCUGCUGCUGUGUCACAACAUAAUUUUGUGGUUGUUUUAUAUAUUUCUUGUAUCUGUCCAUUUGUGACAAAAUUCAUUUAUGCCCUGGGAUACAACAAGCAAAGCAUCAAAUGACUCACUCCCUCUCCACUUCCACUACCUCAUUUUUCUUUUCAAAAUUGGGAUUGUUUGUAUGUAGAAAUUUUUGCUAGGCCAUUAACACUUACCUUAGAAAUCUCACUUGUCAUUCUUAUUGUUUUAUUAUUAUUUAAACAUUUCAUUAUACUAAGCACGGAUAAGUUGUUAAAUUAAA